CAAUACCGUUGUGUUUACAUCGUUGCCAAGGAAGAGUUGUGCAUGGGGUGACGACGUUGUAUCAAGAAAUCAUUCGAUGUAAACGCAACACUAUCUCAUCGGGAGGAAGACAAAUAUACCAGAAAAAUGAGCUUCAAGGAAGUGAACAGCGAGAGGCGUCAGGAUUGGCAUGAAACGAGCGCAGGUGUCGGCCAUCAUUACAGGCCGGGAUAUUAUUUUCCCAAUUCUGAAUUUCAGACACAGAUGAGAGAACCACUACCAUCAGACCUUGCAAAACCAGAUGAAAUCACAAGAGAUCAAAUAUUCCAGACAACAUAUGGAAAUGCACAUGACAGAAAAUACCCGGGAGGAGUGUUUGCCAACACUGUUCACAAGAAAGCUCCAGGACACUGGAAAGUGAAUUAUGUAAAGGACCUGGCAGAGAAGCUGGGCAAGGGUGGGUGGCGGAGACCCCUGACGAUGGGGAACCAGCAGAGUGAGAUGCAGGACAAGUUCUGUGCUGCCCCUGGCAUCAGGGAGAAAUAUCACUUUGAAGAUUUUGCUGGACCUCAAAACUUUAUUCUACAAGAUCAUCAUAAGGAGGGGCCUUCAAAGUAUGGCCGUGCAACUACACAAAAUCCCAAGCUCCAAGGCAAGCCAUUCUAUGUGCGAGACAAGGGAGUACUGUCCCUUCUUGACCCCUACCUGUCAACCACGCAGAAAGAUCACCGUUCAUUCAAACCCGAUGAGCUCAAAAAAUAUCCCAAGAAAGACAUAGCAACAACUUGGCAGUGUGAGGACAUGCCCAAAUCCUGGGGUCAUGGCCUCAAACACAACCCAUUCCCUAAAGAUUCCGUGCCCCGAGAGCCCCUGCCUAUGAGAGAUACAAUGGUAUUCCCUACAGCUACAAAGAUCCCCCGUCAGCCAAAAGCAAUGGUGCCAGUACCUCACUCGGGCUUGAAGACUGAAUACUCAGACUUGUACAUACGUCCAUCACACGUUCGGAUGAGGGAGAACUUCUACUGUCCAGUGGACACGCCCUACACCCUCCCUACUGCCGGCACCAAGUCUGUCAUGACUGCACCCAAGAUGUACAACACUGAGUAUCAGAAUGUUGGUAGCAAGAAACCCAUCAUUGUGUAAUAUGUUUGGACACAUGCAAGAUGUUAAACGGCCGGUUUGGAUGGUACUUCUGAGAUAGGUUGGUAUGGCAAUUAUGUGAUAAAAUUUGCUGGUUUAAUUUCAGAGGAGUGAACCUUUUUAGGCUUUAACCCGUAAAUCAACAGAUUUGUUUUCUCUUUGUAAAGUGUCACAAUGUAAACACUGCUGAUCUUGCAGUAAAUUUAGACCUAUUGUCAACUAUUUUAUUUGGGUUUUAACACUUUUUAAUUAAUAUUGUACAUUGACACAUUUUAUAGAAUAUUGCAUUUUACACUUUUAUUCUGAUUAUACAAUUACAUAUAUCAAUUUAUAAAAAUUGUAAAUGGCAUAAUAUAUGCAUGUGGCAUCCAAAACACAUUGGUGUGAAAUAACAGUUAUUGCUAUUUUGUUUUCGAGUAAAAUUGGGGAAAUGAUAUUCAAACAUAAUGAACAUCAUUAGUACCUUCUUUACAAAUGGUAAUAUCCGGCACUUUCACUGGCUUGGAAACAUUGCAUAAAAGAAAGAUGGUGUACACAAAUAAGGGGAAGUUAUUAAAAAUGGACUUAAACUAUGUAUCAUUUAAUUGAUACUUCUCAUCAUGUAGGUAUGUAUGUACAUAUACUGAAGAUGUUGCACAUAGAUAUGUAAAUACUUUUCCUGACAUGAGAAUAUGUGUGUGUGAUAAAGAAAGUCUCACGAGGCUGAUUCUGUUGUAAAUAAAUCUAUUUAUGAAUUUCAA